ACUCUUUUGGUAAACAGCGAUGGAUUAUACAAGAUGAGUCGCCUGUAUAUUACUCCUGAUGGCUUCUUCUUUCGAGUUCACAUUCUACUUGUGGAUACUUUAAACUGCAGUAAACCCUGUCCAGACUUUAAACUUGGCAGUAGAUACAUUGUGAUGGGUCGGAUCUACCACAAGAGACGACAGAUCCCUGCCAACCUGCUGCAGUUCCUGCGAGGGCGCCUGAGGCCGGGGGACGGCUUGCUUCGAAGCAGCAGCAGCUACGUGAAGAGAUUCAACAGGAAGAGGAAUCGCAAAGUGCAAGCGGCUCACGCUAAAUGUAGAUAA